UUGUUAUCGUUUCGACACGUGUAGAAGGUAUUGCUUUCAGAGAAUGAUUUUCUUGUAAUUAUAAGAAUACAGUAUAAAAAAUUUAACUAACAUUCCAUUGAUUUACAAAAUAAAUAUCCUUUGAUAAAUAUGUCUAGCGAAAUUUUAUUUUCACGAAUUACGCAGCAUUAUCUCUGCAUGUCAUCCCUUAAAAAUUUAAUCGAAUUACUUACAUUUUCGUUAGAUGAGAAAACUCAAGAUUCUCUUUUAUCUGCAACUGUAUUUCAUCCGUUAGCAGUGAAAUUUCCUCCGUCGUGUUCGUAUUCUAGAAAAUAUUUGAAAUGUCUAAUGCAAAAGAAUCCUCAGCUGACAGUAACCUUAGAAGCAACACAAAAUAUUGUGAAUCAUUCCACUACUGGUUUAGUUGUUUGGGAGGCUUCAAAGUUUUUAGUAGAUUGGGGAAUUGAAAAUGCUUCAUUUUUAAAGGCAAAAACAAUUCUAGAAUUGGGUUCUGGUCUAGGAUUAUUAGGCAUUGCACUUUGUCAGUUAGUUAAAUUUUCAAAAUACAUCUUUAGUGAUAACAGUCAAGAUGUUUUAAGAAUAUUAAAAAAGAAUAUUGACUUAAACUUUUAUCAUCCCGAUUAUAAUAAAUUGAACAUCAUCCAAAAACAGAAAGAGAAUUUUAAUAAUUUUGCAAAUUUUGACGAUGGCAAUGAUGUAAACAAGCCAGAAGUUAGUGAUAUAACUGUACUGCCAAUGGAAUGGAAAAGUGCUACUUGUGGGGAGAUUAAUAAAUAUAACCCAGAUAUUAUACUUGGAUCAGAUAUAACAUACGAUCCUGAUAUAUUUGAUGAUUUGAUUCAUGUAUUAUCUAUAUUUUUAAAAUACUCAAAAAAUAGAAAAGCAUAUUUAUCUAUGACUGAAAGAAAUAAAACAACUUUAACAUUAUUUCUACAUAAAAUAAAAGAAGCAGGUCUUUAUUAUAUUAAAGAAGCAAAUCCAAGGAGACAACAUUUUGUAUAUACUGAGGAAGCUCCUAUUCAUGUUUAUAAAAUAUAUUGUUAAUUAGUAAAAAUUGUUCUCUAA